GACUAAAUGAAAAAACAGGUUAAAAGUACUGAUUUUGAUGCUGUAAUAUAGAAACUCAAUAUUCAUUGCAAAACUAAUAUAGAUGAUUGUAUUUAUUUAAAUUUUAGUUCUUAUAGAUUUAGAUCCAUUAUAAAAAAUAAAAAAUUCCUCUCCCAUGAUUUUCGGUGAUUAUUGCAACUCUAAUAUGCCAAUUCAAUUAUAACUAUCUCCAAUUGAUACGAAUCAAAAAAGUUAUAUAUCAUUACUAUCGGACAAUAUUGAGUUUUCGGUUAAAGAUAAAAAAUAAGGCAAUAACUCAUAUUAAUCAUUUGAGCAGCCUUAAUUAAGAAUUCCUGAUAGCAUUAAAUGUUUUGUUUAUAAAGAAAAAAUAGUUAACGAAGAAUAAAGUAUUCUAAAUAAAAGAUUGAAAGAAAUUAGACAUAUUUAUGUGAAAAAGCUGGAAUAGUUAGAUGAAUGUAAAAGUUAUUUAAUAAAAAAUAGAAUAUCUUCAUUAAAGAUUAUAAAUUUUAGAGUAAUUUGAAUAGCAUUUGAGUUAGAAAAGCCCAAAGAAGAUGNUAAGCUACUUGAGAAUAAAAGAUCUUUCUAUAAUUUUAAUUAGAUGGAUCAAAUAUCUCAUAAAAAGGUAUAUCAUCUGGAACAUCUUCAAGCACUUUAUUUUUUAUUAAAUAUCCUUUGUCUCUUAAUUCUUAAUGUCUCUCUUUUUUUUUAAGUAAAGCCAUUGA